UCACACUUAGUUAAGGUUGGUGAUGUGAAAUUUGUUAAGGUCCGUUUUUUCUGUUUGAGCUUUGUAUUCUCUUCCAGAAUAUUCAUUCUGGAAAAACUUAGGAGUGGUGUACAAAGUGUAAGCAUACUUUGCUGCUUCUGUUAUAGGUAUAGAGAUGAUCACAGAGAUAGAGAUUAUAGAAAGAGGAGCAGGAGUAGAAGUCGGGGUAGAUCUGAGCAUGAUCGAUACCGUGGUAGGGAUAGAGAUCGUCAUCGGUACAGAAGCCGCAGUGGAAACCCUGAUUACCAUAAAGGUCGUGGUAGAGGUAGAUAUGAUGAUGAGAGGCGUAGCCGAAGUCGUUCCUAUGGAAGUGCCUCUCCUGCUCGGCGUAGCCCAAGUCCAAGGAGGAGUCCAUCUCCUCGGAGAACCCCUCAAUCUAGGGAUGGUAGCCCAAGUCCAAGGAGGAGUCCAUCUCCUCGCAGAGCCCCUCAAUCUAGGGAUGGUAGUCCAGGUGGACGCAACGAGAAAGAACGCUCUCCAACUCCAAGAAGUUUGUCACCCCGUGGCCGAGGGGCUGAGUCUCGAAGCCCAUCUCCACGUUCUGAUGCUGAUGAAUGACAGCGAAGAAGCAUUGAUGAAUUUCUCCAGGUUGUUAUCCAUGAAGAGGGCAUUUGAUGAUGAUAUCGUCUGUUUAGUGCUUGGUAGAACAAAUUUGCAGAAACUUAUUUGUAAGGUUUAACUCAUGAUGUGCGUGAUGCCGUGAUUCAUCCCAAUACACUUUUCUGUUGGUAGUUGUGGGUUGACACUAGUUUUGGCUAUUGUUCCUGUUUUUUGCUCUUCUUAUUUCUCAAAUGUAGAUCUAUCUUGUACUCAUGAACAACUGCUGGCCUUCUAUAGUUAUGUCCGUGACGAGUCAAUGUUGCUGAAUUGCACGAUUUUGCAGCA